CACCUUUAUGAGUACUUUGAGAGAAGAUUCGGACAGAUACAAAUGAUUCAUAGAAGGAAACGGCCACAGUCAGCACAUUCAAGUGUUUCCUCGACAGUCAGAAGUAAGAAGAAGCAUGAGGAAGAUGUGCUUUAUAAAGUAGCUGUUAUAACCGCAGAUAAAAACAACGCAGGCACAGACGCCAAGGUUUUUCUGACAGUGAAGGGUCUUAGGGGUAAAAUUCCAAAAACCAGACUGACUAAGAAAGCUGGCUCAGUCAAAAAGAACAGCAAAGUAGCCUUCCGAUUUGCCAAAGGCAGCACUCAUCUGUUUAAGAUCAGAGGUCCUGAAAUUGGAGAUAUCAAGUCAAUAGUUAUUGAGACUGAUGGCAUACAGAAGGAGCAAGCAUGGUUCCUACAGGAAGUAGAAAUCACCAAUGUUAAGAGGAAGAAAAGCUGGACAUUUGUUUGUAAUAAUUGGCUGUCUCUGCAUCAUGUGGACCAACAGACAUCAAGGGAGUUAUUCCCAAAUAUCUCCUCUAAAACAGACUAUGAGAUUGUCACGGUGACAGGAGAUAAGAAAGGAGCAGCCACAAAUGCCAAUGUAUAUAUCACCAUUGAGGGUCGGUCAGGGGUCACUCCCAAAAUUCACCUCAAAGAUUUCACACGGACCAACUUCAGGCAAAAUUCCAGUGACACUUUCAAAGUUAGAGCUAACUGUGUGGGCCCUAUGAAGAAAAUUAAAAUUGAACAUGACAAUACAGGGCUGGGUGCUGGCUGGUACUUAGAGAGGGUUGUGAUAACAGAUUUAAAUCACACUAAAUGGAAGUAUUACUUUCCCUGUGGUAUGUGGCUUGCCAGAGAUGAGGGGGAUGGGGCCAUUUCCAGAUACCUCAUCGGUAGCAAGGAUCCAUUCGCUAUCAGAAAAGACAGCAAAUACAAGGUAACAGUGUACACGGGUGAUAAGAAGGGGGCGGGUACCGACGCUAAUGUCGUUAUCAAUAUAUUUGGAGAAAAUGGCGAAUCAGGAGAGAUCAAACUGGACAAUGCCAAAAACAAUUUUGAAAGAAACUGCAAGGAUGAGUUUACGGUGAAGUGCCCAUGUCUAGGUCGUAUUACAAGGUUAAGAAUCGGACAUGACAACACAGGCUUUGGGCCUGGCUGGUACCUGGAUAAGGUAAUUAUUGAUGACUGUGACAACAUGAUAGUGUACGAGUUCCCCUGCGGUAAAUGGUUUGCCGAUGAUGAAGAUGACGGUGCUUUAUUCCGAGACCUCAUUCCAGGGGUUGGAGCCACAAGCUCUUAUGGAGGGGUACCAUAUGUAAUCACUGUCUCUACGGGUGAUAAGAAGAAUGCUGGAACCAAUGCCAGGGUUUUCAUCAUGAUGAAUGGGGGACCCAACAAGGAAUCCACUGGUAAAAUCUGGCUAGAUAAUGGAAGCUUUGAGAGAGACAGGUCAGAGAUCUUCAACAUUAACCUCCAGGCCCUGGUGAGUCCUGUCCAGAGUUUGGAGGUGGGUCACGAUAAUAGUGGAGUGGGGGCGGGGUGGUACCUGGAACAGAUCAUUGUGUACUGCCCCACCACCGGCAUAGAACAGGUCUUCCCAUGUAAACAAUGGCUGGCCGUUGACAGCGAGGAUGGGCAGAUUCAGAGGACACUGUUUGAACAGAAGGCAAUGAGGCAGAAGAAAGAAAAAAGAGUCCAUUGGCACCUGUGGGUUAAGACCAGUGAUGAGAGUUUGUCUGGGACGGACGCUCGCGUGUUUUUCUGUCUGUACGGUACCAAGGGUAAAACAGACGAGGUGGAGCUGGACAAUAAGAGUGAUGUGUUUGAGCAGGGGAACACUGACGAGUUUGAUAUACACGUGUCUGACGUCGGCAAACCGUACAAAGUGAGGGUGUUCCACGACGACACGCGUCUGAUGUCAGGAUGGAAACUAGACCAGAUUGAGAUGGAGAACAUUGCCAGUAAGGAGAGGUACAUCUUUAAGUGUGGCAAGUGGCUGGCCGUGGACGAGGGAGACCACUCCACCGUCAGGGAGAUGCCAGCCGAGGGACCCCUCAUCAAAAAACCUCUAGCAUUGGUUAAAUACACACUAGAGGUUUACACAGGGAAGAAGUCCAGGGCAGGGACAGAUGCCAAUGUGUUUAUUUGUAUUUUUGGGGAACUUGGAGACACAGGAAGACGAUGGCUGACACAUUCCUCCACUAACAUUAACAAGUUUGAGAAAGGACAGUGUGAUAUUUUUGAAAUUGAGGCUGUGACCUUGGAGAAAAUAAAGAAAAUAGAAGUAGGGCAUGAUGGGAAGGGUUUAGGGGCAGGCUGGUACCUAGAAAAAGUUGUCAUCAAGCGGGCAGAUAAACCAAAAUAUGAUGUCAGCAUCGACUGUAGCUCAUGGUUGGCAUCAGAUGAGGAAUCAGGACAUAUUGUGAAGGAGUUCUUAGUAUCAGGGUCCCAGUUACUGGGAAAGACCACGUACAACGUGUAUGUGAAGACGGGAGAUGUGCCACAGGCAGGAACUGAUGCCAAUGUCUUUCUCAAAAUAUUUGGAGAAAAGGGAGACACAGGAACCUUGAAGCUGGAAAAUGCUGAAUCUACCUCAAACAAGUUUGAGAGAAAUCGAACUGAUCACUUCAUUCUUAAUGCUGAAGAUAUUGGAAAGAUCAAGAGAAUCCGAGUUGGACAUGACGGAGCCAACUUUGGCUCGGGUUGGUUUUUAGAUGAGGUUCGUAUCGACAUCCCCUCCCAUGGACAGCAGUAUGUGUUCGCGUGUCACCGCUGGCUGGACAAAAACGAAGGGGAUGGAGAGAUUGAAGUAGAACUGGAACCAUCCUUCAAAGAGGAUAGAGAGAAGACACCAGACAACACAGUGAAUGUUGACUGUAUUGAGGAUGGAAUUCCGUAUGAAGUGACGGUGUGGACCAGUGAUAGAUCUAAGGCUGGCACUGACGCUAAUGUUUUCCUACAGAUGUAUGGGACAGAGGGCAAAACGGACGAGAUAGUGCUCAAUAAUAGGUCUGAUAAUUUUGAACGUGGAAUGAAGGAGAAGUUUAAGAUUGAGCAAAAAGACAUUGGGGAUCUGCUGAAGAUAAGAAUUGGACAUGAUGGUAAAGGAUUUGGAGCUGGCUGGCACUUGGAUAAGUUGCUGAUCCAGAGAAAGCCAAAGGCAGGAACCAAGAAGAGGUCAAAGUCCAGCAAGUCUUCUGGGGCUAAUGCAGCGUACGAGAGGAGACAGUCCCUGAUUCAACAGAACGAGGAUCAGGACUCUGACAGCAGUUCAUCCUCCUCCCCCACCCCCAGGCGCAAGAGAAGCCUCAGGAAGAAGCCGGAUCUGAAGACAGUAGAAGAAGAAGAAGACGUUUACGAUGGAGAAGAGACCAUUGAUUAUUGGUUCUUUGUCGAUAGGUGGUUUGCAACUGAUGAAGACGACAAACAGAUCGUCAGGGAAUUUGUCCCAACGGACAAAGAUGGAAGACCUCUUAAAAAGGCCCUUGAUGAUGUGGAAUACAUAGUGAGAGUAUACACUGGUAAAGUCAGUGGUGCAGGUACGGAUGCUAACGUGUUUGUGACUCUGUUUGGCAGCUAUAAAGACAAUCCUAUUGACUCAGGAGAAAGACAGCUCAAAAAUAGCAGCACAAAUAUGAACAAAUUUGAGUCUGGACAGGAGGACAUCUUCACGAUAAAGGCUGUGGAACUUGGAGCGCUGACUAAGUGUCGUAUCCGCCAUGACAACUCUGGUCUGGUGGGGGCAGCGUGGUUCUUAGACAGAGUAGAGGUUGAGGAUACCAAGAAUAAGAAAACGUACUACUUCCUGUGUCAGCGCUGGCUGGCAACAAGUAAAGAUGAUGGACAGAUCUGUAGGGAGCUGGUUCCUGUAGACAAGUCAGUGCUGAAGAAGAUGGAGAGACAAGACUCUGCAAGAAUGGAGGUCGCCCUGGAAACUAAAGCUGCCCUGACAACCUACCAUGUUCAUGUGAUUACUGGUAAAGAGUUUGGAUCUGGUACAAAUGCCAAUGUAUUCAUCAAACUCUAUGGUGACAAAGACCAAACAGACAAGAUUCCUCUGAAGUCCUCUCUGACGCAUUCUGACAAGUUUGAGGCAGGACAUGAUGAUGAGUUUGUGUUAGAAGUUGUCAACAUUGGAGAACUUAAAAAAAUUAUUAUUAGUCAUGAUGACUCAGGUUUCCGCUCAGAUUGGUUCCUGGACAAAGUCGUCAUUGAUUGUCCAUCUCUUGGGAAGUCCUGGACCUUCCCCUGUAACAGGUGGCUGGCUAAAGGAAAAGAUGACGGGAAAAUCGAACGAGAACUGUUUCCUCAGGACCUGGAAACAGAGGAAUAUAUCCCAUGUAUCCCAUAUGAAAUUAAAACAUUCACCAGUGACAAGUCAGGGGCUGAUACUAGUGCUGAUGUUUAUGUUCAGCUGUUUGGUAAAGACAUGCAGUGUACUCAACAGAAAUCACUGUGUACCAAACAAGAGAGGGCUGGAAAGUUCAAAAAGGGUCAAGUGGACGUUUUUGUGGUUGAGCUGGAAGAUGUAGGGGAGAUAACCAAGUUACGUAUUGGCCAUGACAAUGCUGGUCUGUUUGCUGGUUGGCACCUGGAGAAAGUGGAAGUUAGAACACUGAACGAUUCUUCUGGCAAGGGCUCUAAACUCUAUGUCUUCCCCUGUAACCGAUGGCUGGCUAGAGAUGAAGACGACAAGGAAAUCGUACGGGAAUUGGUACCAGACAAAAUCAUCAAGGAAACAGUACGCAAGGACGGGGAAGUGGAAAAGAAAGAGGUCAAGGUCAAAAACAAACUUGAAGUGAAGCAGUAUACAGUUAACGUUCACACGGGAGAUAAGUUCAGUGCUGGAACUGACGCCAAUGUCUUCAUUAACAUUUAUGGAGAGCUUGGAAACACAGGAGAAAGGAAGCUAGCCAAUUCUGAAACUCACAUGGACAAGUUUGAGAGAAACCAUACUGAUGUAUUCAAGUUAGAGGCAGCAGACUUAGGUAAAAUCUACAGAAUAAAGAUUUGGCAUGACAAUAAAAACAUCAAUCCCUCAUGGUACCUUGAUUAUGUGGAGGUGAUAGAUACAGCCGACAAAAACAAAUCCUACAUGUUCCACUGUGAGCGAUGGCUCUCAAAAUCAAAGGACGACUGCAAGACAGAGAGGUCACUAUAUGUCAAGGGUUAUGAUGGUGAGAUGGGAUCUAGUACUGGUACAUUGAGGUCCACUAGAUUUGGGGGGUCAGUCGCCAGUUUGGAGUCCAGCGGUGACCUCUUCUCCAAGAGCCCCAGAGUCAAACGCAAGCAGCUGAUGCAGGAAGAGGAAAUGGACAAUAUGUCUAGACUGGAACAAAUCCCAUACAGUGUAAAGAUCUGGACGGGAGAGGGUGAAGACAAUGGUACAGAUGCCAAUGUAUGGAUAGUUAUCUAUGGAAUAAAGAAAUUACACACAGGAACUCAGUUCCUGGAGUUCGCUCAGACUGGGGACAAAUUUGACCCUGGUUCUGUAAAGACUUUCUCAUUUGAUGCUCCAGAUGUCAACGAAGUCAAGAAAAUUAAACUUGGUCAUGAUGGUACCUCCCCUGGCAGUGGGUGGUUUGUGAAGCAGGUCAGUAUAGACAUGCCCACCAAGGGAAAGAACUUCCUUUUCAGCUGCGGACAGUGGCUGGCCCGGGACAGGAGCGAUGGUAAAACGGAGAGGACGUUUAGUCUGGACGAGGGGCUGAGUACCAUUACAUCCUACAGACCAAAGGUGACGUAUGAGUGUACAGUGUUGACAGGGGAUGUAGAGAACGCUGGAACAGACAUGAAGAUCAUGCUCUCAGCCUCCGGGGACAAAGGAACCACAACUCCUGUAGAGCUGGAAAAAGCCUCGGACAGAUUCGAAAGAGCAAGGGAAGACAACCUCAGGCUUGAGUUAGAAGAUGUUGGUUCCCUGAAGAAAAUCCGUGUGGAGACGUCAGCCAGCGGAAGCCGACAGAGCUGGUACUUAGAGAGGAUUGACUUGUUCAACACAGCAACGGGGGUGAAGUACAGAUUCGAGUGUAAUCAGUGGUUUGGUAAAAAGAGUGAAGACAAGAAAUACUGGAGAGACAUCCCAGCCAUGAAACGAGGCAAAGAAGUCAUCUCCCGAACAACAUACAAGAUUUCUGUAAAAACUUCCAAUGUGCCUGGAGCUGGCACUGAUGCCAAUGUUUACGUCAUUUUGUUCGGAUCUAAUGGUGACACAGGAGAGCUCCACUUGAAGAAGUCCGAGACAAACAAGAGUCCAUUUGAGAAUGACCAACUGGAUGUGUUUACCUUUAAUGAUAUGCUCAGUAUAGGAGAGAUGUCCAAGUGUCGUGUGUGGCAUGACAAUAAAGGUUUUGGUGCAGCCUGGCAUUUAGACUUUAUAGAAGCAGAGGACAUGUCUACACGGAAGAAGUACACAUUCCACUGUGGAAGAUGGCUGUCUAAAAAGGAAGAUGAUAAACAGAUAGUCAGGGAACUGACCUGUGCUGCACGACCCUUAACCCCAGGGUCACAGGAUGAAACAGUUUAUGAAAUUGAGGUGAAAACUGCUGACAAAGACAAGGCCAGCACAGUACACAAUGGCUGGCUGAUCAUCAAAGGCAAAAAAGGAGAGACAAAAAUGAAAAUGAAGAACAGUGCUCGAGACAAAAUACUCAGAAGAGGUGACACAAACACCUUCAGCCACAGCUGUAAGAAUCUGGGUAAAAUCCAGCAGGUGACGGUCGGGGCGUACGAACGAGAGGACAAACCUCUACAGGACCUGGAAGGGAAGGACGCCAUGUGGUACUGCUACCAGGUGGCCAUCACGGACACCAGCACGGGGGACAAGUACCUGUUCCCCUGUAAGGACUGGAUUCAGAUAGGGCCCUCCCCCUUCAAGAGGAACAUGGGCAAAGAACUGGAGCUGAAGGACGUAGAACAGAGCCAGGUGUCUGUUGUCAGAAGUCUUGCUUCAGUGAAAUACCAGAUAAUUGUGUACACUGGUGAUGUGUUUGGUGCAGGAACCAAUGCGAAUGUCUACAUUACAAUAUACGGAGCUAACGGAGAUUCCGGGAAACGUCCCUUGGAACAAAGCUGGAGGGAUCUGUUCGAGCGCAACCAGAUAGACAAAUUUGAGAUUGAAUGCUUAGACUUAGGUGAAAUUGAAAAAGUGAGAAUUGAACAUGACAACAAAAACUUCCGUCCCGCCUGGUUCUUGGACAAGAUUGAGAUAAUUAAUCUGGGAACUAACGAGAAGAAAACCUUCCCCUGUAAACAAUGGUUAGACAAAGACAAAGGAGAUGGAGCUAUAUCCAGGGAGUUACUGCCCGUGGACUAGAGAAGCAGUGGUUACCCUUGUAAAACACAUCUUACGCAAACUGUUAUGUAUAUAAACUCUACAACUGAAGUCGAGAUUUUAAAAAUUUGUAAACUUAUGUCUUACAAAGAGUAUACUAACCCCAAAAUUGCUGAAAACCUCUAAACUCAGACUGCAGCUGUAAUUUA